AUGUCUUCAAAAGAAGGAAUGCUGGCUCUACGCGCCUCUGAAAACCCCAAGCAUCCAGCACCAGUGUUCAAGCCAAAUAUUCUACCAUGCAAGAUCCAUCACAAUGGCCCAAUAGACGUCUCCACGCGACACUGGGACCCAACGGCAGAUAAAGAAAACCCACAACUAGCCACAUCGUAUUUUCGCGGGCGAAAACUUCGCGGCAGGCGAGUCGCGCUGCCAGAAGGGUAUCAAGGCGUGGUCGCUACACCCACGGACAAGAAGCUAGAAAAAAAGGCGCCAGAUGAUCUGCCCUAUGGGAGCAGCCGCAGCUUGACUGGCGCUGACUGCGAUGACCAGGGUGACGAUGAUGUUGAACCGCCUCCAACUAUUCUAGAAAUGCGAGGUACAUUCAAUGAGCUUAUGGUGUGGGACCAUGAGAGAAUACCCGUUGCAGAUGACCCGUUCGUGAAGGGCAUAAUCUGGUUUCCAAAGCUAAGUGAUUUGGAGAUGCACUCCGAUGGCAGUCAGGCAGUUACUCCAAAGAAUUAG